UUAAAGAAGAAAAAGAAAUCAAAAUAAAGCUAAUUUGAGCAAUAAAAUGACUUCUGUGCAUUGUCAACUAUGGAUGGGCAGCCUGGAACCAUAUAUGACGGAGAAUUUCAUAAUUGCCGCAUUCCGGAAAAUGGGCGAAGAUCCGACAACUGUGCGCUUGAUGCGUAAUAAAUAUACGGGCGAACCGGCUGGCUAUUGUUUCGUCAACUUUAUAUCGGAUGAUCAUGCGCUGGAUGCGAUGCACAAACUAAAUGGCAAACACAUCCCGGGCACAAAUCCCAUUGUCAGAUUUCGCCUGAAUUCCGCAAGUAAUUCAUUUAAAUUACCUGGAAAUGAACGAGAAUUUAGCGUGUGGGUUGGUGAUUUGACAUCCGAUGUGGAUGACUAUUCGCUGUACAAGGUCUUCUCCAGCAAAUACACCUCGAUAAAGACAGCCAAGGUGAUACUGGACAGUCUGGGCUUCUCCAAGGGAUAUGGAUUUGUGCGUUUUGGCAUUGAAGAUGAACAGAAAUCCGCUUUAUAUGAUAUGAAUGGAUAUGUUGGCUUGGGCACUAAACCCAUCAAGAUUUGCAAUGCGGUGCCCAAGCCAAAGGCGGAGCUCAAUGCUGCUCUCGGCAACGGUAGCAACAAUUAUGGCUAUGGUGGAUCGAGUGCAACGUCAGCAGCCGCACCAUCAUCAGCAGCUGCAGCUGCAUCAACUGGCGCUGGUGGGGAUUAUGCGCAGUAUUAUGAUCCCAGCAGCAGCAGCUAUUGGCAGGGCUACAAUGCCUGGCAGGGAUACUACGAACAGGCAGCGGCUCCAUCGAUUACAGACGCGGCUGCCUACUAUCAACAGGCCAUGUCGCAAUCCCAUUCGAAUCCACAAACGCUUGCCCAGCACGCCGAGGCGUGGAGUGCUCAGCGCAGUGCGCAAUACGAGCAGCAACAGCAGCAACAACAACAACAACAACAGCAGCAGAGUGCAACUGGGAAUAACAGUUGCUCGGUGGCACCCGUUGAGGAUGAUUAUGGUCUCGAGGAUCACAAGUUUCUGCUCGAUGUGGAUAAAUUGAAUCGGGAAACAAUCGAUGCUGAUCGUCAUUUGUAUGAUGCGUUGGAGAGCUCCAAGUGGCUGCCCAUCGAACAGUUGGAGGUCUUUUAGAUUUAACUCUUUUAAUACAAACCAUAUAUUAUAAUACUAUUCUUAAUUAACAAUAAAUAAAUAUUCAAUCGGAA